AUGGAAGCGAGAAGUGCAAUGCACAUACUCAAUGCUCCAAGCACCAAAAGUCUGAAGUAUGCAAUCCAAUCUGGUCUCAUCAAGAACUGUCCUAUCACUGAAGAAGCGAUCAAUCAUGCAGAAGCAAUCUUUGGACCUGACGCAUCUACAUUGAAAGGCAAGUCAACAAGACCAACUCCAAAGAAGACACACAAUGACUUCUUAAGUCCACCAGAGGAAUUGUAUCAACAUAAUCGAUCAAUUACCAACCUGAAGACUGACCCUGUAUUUGAAACAUUGGAUAAGAUAUUCCGCCACUGCAACAAGGCAGGCUUUCAAGUCAAGAUGAUAAAGUGUGAUCAAGCAUUCAUUCCUCUAACGGAUGAUAUGCUAGACAAUAUAGGUGUUACUAUUGACCCAACUGCAGCUGGAGACCAUGAGCCUACAGCUGAGCAAAACAAUAGGACGCUUAAAGAACGAGUCAGAGUAGCUCUUGCACAUAGAAAAAGAAAAACAAAAAACGAAAAGCACCGAACCGAUCGGAACUUUGCAAAUGGUAUUUGUAGUUUAAGUACUAAAGUCUAUGUAGAAAUUGCUGAAGUUUUUAUCAAUUCAUUGGCAUUUCACUGUUUUACAAUGGGGAAGUAUACAUCAUUGAAGGUUGUUUCAACGACUGCCAACAAGGCGGGCGGGUCCACAUCCAAAUCGGUUUCUGUCGCCAAAAAGAGCGAAGAAAAAAGAUUGGAAAACGCAUCUGCAGUUGAUUUAUGUCAACCUAAGGACAGGGAUCCCAGUGGUAACAAUAUUUCGGAGAUUCAAGAGUUGAUAGCAUUCUUUUCUCCACUGAUCGAUUUUGGUCUUUCUACUCAUGACCUGGUUGCUAUCGGCUACAAUUAUAAUUCCACUAAGAUUUUGUUUGGCAACUCCAUUUUCAAUCAAUGGAUGGAAACCCAUAACAAUUGGUUGACCCAAGCGCUUCCACGGUUUGACAGCCCGUUCAAAGACCCCUAUGCUAACUAUUCAGUUGAAGUCAGGGUCAACAUGCUAUUCGCUCAAUAUGCAAACGAUUGGCGGCAAGCGUUGAAAUUCCUGAUCUCGCUUUUUGAUGAUGAUGCCAUGGGCAAUGUUGACAAGAAUAUGGAAUACACAUGGGGGGUGAUUGAGGGAUUUCCCAACAAUGAAACUAAUAAGGUGGAGAUUCACAAGGGGGUCAAAAAGAUAUUUGAUCCUGAUUACAAAGAUUUGGAGGAGGAAGACAAUCCAGUGGGCGCCAAGGACACUGGCCUUGUCAAUAAGUUCGGCCAACCAGAUGGGUGGGACUCUGACGAGACAGUUGACGACAACUCCAACAACAGAAGGCACGACAUGGAAAUAGACGGCAAUUUUGAUUCUGGUGACAAUCGCAUCCACAACGACGAUGAUGCCAAGGACGAGGUGGAGGAGGAUGACGAGGAUACUGACAAAUCGACCAAGAAUUCCGUCAUUCUCGUGGAAAGCUCUUAA